UCCAAGGAUCAUUGAAAAUGUCUGUCAAUGUGAAGGUUUAAAGUUAGACAGCGAAUUUGUUUAAAAAUCUGAUAAGUAAACACUUAUAAAGAAGAAAACAGUUUGGGUUAGAGAUUACAUAUGAUUUGAACUAGAACAUUGUAACGAUUGGACUGCACCAACGCACCAGCAUGUACUGUUAUUUAUUGGCGAAAACUAUGUGGACCGUUUGAGAUUGCGAAGCUAUUCAGAAGAUCUAAGAACCAUUGGUGUUUAAUGAGCUGUUGUAUCACUUACUUGCAGGAUCAAAGCAUUGGUUUACAACAUUUAGGUGUAGGCCAAUAUUAUGAAGGACAACUUAGGAAAUGACUACCUGUGAGAUACAUACUUGUUUUAUUACUAGUAACCGUUUUCACAGAAAGAAUAUUAUUAGGAUUUGUUCAAAGGUGUAGUGUAAUUUUUGUUAGUUUAAUUUGUUACGGAAUAUAGAAAAUUAAAUCCUGUGUAAUGAAUCAGGACGAAGAUUAAGUUAUAUGAAAAUGUUUCUUUAACGAGGAAUUUAAACAAUUUCAAUAUUGUACCUAAAACUUAAACAGACUGCAUGUAUAUCCAGAAAUAAUUAGUAUAUAUUUGUGGAAGAUAUCGAAUCUGUUCUUACGGUUCACAAGUUAAUCGCCAAUUGAUGCACUGAAAGACGGUAUUGGUUAACUCAACAGUAAAUGACAAUUUUGAAGAAAGAAGUUCGAAAUCCAUUCAUUGACAUGAUAAACAAGUACAUUUAUAUUUGAAAAGAUAAAACUAAAGUGUUUUAAAGUGUAAAAGAUUUUCCAAAUGCAAUAACUCUUUACGGUUUAUUAUACCAUAUCCUUUUGGACCAUUCAGUGGAAUUUAUAAUGUGACUGACAUUUCAAAAACCAAUCAAUAAUGGAAUACAAAGCCUUAGGUCUUUCUCACGAUUUAAAAUUGCUAUAACACAAAAAAAGCAAAUCGAAUUAGGAUACAACUAGAAGAAUACUAUAUACUAUCUGUUGUUUAUAAUCAUUACUUCGACGUAUUAAAGUGGAUAAUGAUGGUCAUUUAUCAAAAAUAAAUGUUAAGCUGAAUGCACAAGAACUUCAAUGAAAUUUAAACAUUUUCAAUCAUUACUAAAUCGAAUGUAGAAAUACAUUUACAUCAAGGCAACUGGAAUAGCGAUACGCUAUUUGUAUUUUUGUUCAAAAUUCUACACGCUGUGUGUUAACGAAUAUUUUACAAGUGUUCCUUCGUUGACGCUAAGAUGGACGAGAGGAGAACUUGCAGUGUUUGCACUUUUAAGGAACUUAAACUCCCCCCUAUUACAUCAAUGAAGCAAUAUUUAGCAGAAAGAGAAGCCAGGUUGAUGGAAAAGACCAACCUUGAUGCCAGGAGGUCAAAAAAUAUGUCGUGGUACGAUGACCCUCGGUCAGCAUACAGACAUAACGCUGACUACCUCAAACGUUUAUCUAGUCUACGCGAUAACUUGAUCGACCAAGAACAAACAAAUUUAGUUCACGCCAUUGAAAGACUUCAAUCAAAACAAACAAGAGAGUCAUUGCAAAGUAAAGCGAAGGCUAAAAAUGCGUUCGAAGUUUCGGAGACAAACAAUAAAAAGUUUAUAACAACUCUUGAAAAAUUUAAACAGAGUCGACCAAAAAGAUAUCCCCCUGAAUUACACCCAUUAGAAGGAAAGCAGUUGAUUGAACCGCUAAGUUCACGUUCUCCACAAUCAAUACCCGAGAAAUCCGGAAGUGCUACAUCGGUAACGAGGACGACCGAAGAGAACAUUAUUCGGAAUAAUCUUCAACGUCUAAUUGCACCUAUAACACCAACAAGCAGUAUACCAAAUAUAGGUAGAAAAUCUCAAAAGUCAAUUCAACAAUUAGUUCUAGAUACUUCUCCUUUGCAAAGGAAGAAAACGUGUUUCAGUGCCGAUCACGCGGAGAAAAAUCCAUUCAAAAAUAUUUAUAGAGGAGCUCGUACUCGAAAAGUUAUGCGACCGGAUGUGGAUGAUUUAGAAUUGUCACCAAACGCCGUGAAAUUCGAAAAGAUUGGUGAUCAUGACAAAAUAAAUAUAGACAAAUUGAAGGAAUAUUAUUGUAUUUAUUAUCUACCGUCAAAUACGCCUACUGGUCAAGAUGAAUUUGUGUCCGAAGAUGACGAAAAUAACGGAAGUGACGUAUCCAAUGGCGAAAAUACAAAGUUUGAUAAUCAUUUAGAACAUGAACUAAAACCAAAUGAUAUGGAUUUAUUAAGCAAUCGAUUCCCGAAUGAACAAUACAGGUACAAAGCAGGAUAUUUUGGUGCAAGUCAGAGAGUUCCCGAAAGGAAACCUAUGUUACAUCCGGUAACCGGAAAAGCUCUUGUGACAAACACCGAGGAUAUUCGAAAACAUAGACUUCGAAAGUUACAUUUAAGUGACAGUGUAAAUAACAUUGAAAACGAGGCAAUUUAUGGAAAUGACGAAAGAGACGGACAUAAUAGAAAACAAAUUGUUGUAGAUAUGCCUUCUCUUGUGUUUAAUGCAGCAACUCCAGAAGGGUCUGACCUCGAAACACGGACAGCAUUUCUGUCAAAAGCAUAUAAACAAAAUGAACUACGUCAUAGAGAGUUGAAAAAUCUACUUGACGAUGUGAAAGAACUGAAUAAGCGUACUGAUGAUCUCUCUGAACGAGCGUCAUCAGACCGAUCACUAGAAGUAUGACGAAUUGUUAUUAACCAAUUGUUAAAUUAUUUAUUUUAGACUAUUAGAUAU